AUGGCGGACACAUAUCUCGACUUCAUUCGCCAGAGGCGCACAUUUUAUUCUCUAACCAAUGCCUCGCCUGUCUCCGACGAACGCAUUGUGGAAGUUGUACGGGAGGUUGUGCGCCACAGUCCAAGUUCUUUCAAUGGACAGACCUCUCGGGUUGUGAUUUUGCUUGGCGAGGAGCACCUCAAGUUGUGGACAAUCGCUCUGGAAGUCUUGAAAUCAACCUUCCCGGCACAGAGCUGGGAUGUGUAUGAGAAGAAGUUAAACCAGCGGAAAGCAGCCUAUGGCACUCUUUUGCUUUACGAGGAUCAGGCGGUUUUACCGUCUCUUCAAGCCAAGGCACCACUAUUCAAGAAUCAUGUUAGCCAGUUCUCGGAGCACAAUAAUGCAAUCCUAGCUGGUAAUCUGUGGACGGUACUGGAGCUGGCUGGGUUUGGCGCCAACUUACAACAUUUUAACCCUUUUAUCGAUGCCAGGGUUACGGCGGAGUGGGGUUUGCCAUCGCAGUGGGCAUUGAAAGCUCAGCUUGUGUUUGGGACACCGGUCGAAGGACCUAAUCCUGAUAAGGAAUAUGGUAAUUUAGAUGAGCGAAUUUUUGUGUUCGGAAAGCAAUAA